AUGACCGAAUUUGAAGAAGUUGACGUAGUUCGAAGACCAGCGCACAGCAAAUUACGAAGUAGAACCUUGAAAUGGAAAGAUGGCAUGGAACCACCAAAACCAAGUCAAACUGAAACCAGCUCAAGUUUAGCACAAACUACCGAAGGAACAAAUCCACCAGACUCACUGAUGGUGUCGUUGAUGUCAUCUGUAUCAAGCUCUGUGUGCCCUUCUACUUACAAUUCUGUUGUGGUGCAACCUGAACCUGCCCCUCAAGAAAGCGAAGAGGAACCAAAUGAAAUGAUGGCAGAAGAUGAAGAUGAACGUCUCAAACAAUUGAGAAAGCAAAAGUUGGCAAAAUCGAAGGGAAGAAAACAAAAAGGAUCAAUUUCUAGAAAGUCAACAAAAUCCAGAAAGCAAUCAGCAGGAAGUUCCAGGCGGAAAAAAAAAGUAGAUAAGAGACUGACGGGCGUAGAAGAGACACAAAAUUCUUUAGAAGAUGAUAGCAAGGAAAAAGAAAGGGAAAGAUCAAAAGAAUUGGAGGAAGAAUGUGUUGAGGAGAAGGAAUAUGAUAGCGUAGUGAAGGUGUCAACAGAAGAGAAGGGAACGAAGUUUAAAGAGCGAGAAGCGAAGAAGGACUCUGACUCCGAGAUGGAAAUGAGUACUCAGAACUCCCUUGUAUCGCAGAUUUCAUCACAGCGCCUUUCUCAAGAUUCUUCAGUGAAAACAUGGAACAAGAAGCCACAGCUCCAAGAAGCAAAAACAAAAUCAAUUUCUGCUUCAUCGCUUGAUACUAAGAAAACAGACGGCAACUUAUCAGAUAAGAAACAUGAAAAUCAGGCUACAACAUUGACUGAUAAAUCACAAAAGGAAUUGAGGAGCUCGUUUGCGCUGAAGUCACUAACAUUAUCCUCCUUCUACUCCAAACCUAGCACCAUUUUAAACCAAAUAUCCAAAGCAUCAAGUUCAAAAGCAGUGCUGGGAAAAUCAGAUAAAAAUAUUUCGGAUUCUCAGUCUGAUGUAAGUUCGAAAAAAUUGCUUACUGAUAAUGAGGCAUCCACACAACGGACUUUGUCAAGACUGAAAACUCAUUUACCAAUUUUACCUUUGGUUUCGACUUCACAGCUAAAUGAAUCAAAGUCGGAAAGCAGCUCACUGCUUCCAUCACUCACGAAUCUACCAAAGCUAGAAAACAAAAUACCGUUUUUAUCAUCUGUGGUUCAAAAUAUACCACCAAAACUAGUAAACAAAUUACUGCCGCAUCCGUCACCUGUAACCUCCUCACUACCACUAAAACAGCACAGUAAAGUGCCACCUUCUUUGCUAUCUUCAACCCAAAUGAUUUCUCCCGAGUCAGAAAAGAAGUUAUCGCCUUCUCCACCCUCUUCUACUCAGUCAUCACUGUCUGAAUCUGAAACUAAACUAACAUCUUUUCCUCAGUCAAUAACACAAUCGAAAGCAAAAUCGUCACCGUCAUCAAUUCAUACUCAAAGUAUUUGUACAAAAUUGCGUAGUGAAUUAAGGCCCGCGCAAUCUGUGACUCCAGUGUCACAAAUAAAGUUACCACACUCUCCGUCAUUCGAAAUUCCUUCAGUAUCAACAAAAUCUGAAAACAAACUAUGGCUUGCAUCAUCGGCCACGCCAGCACAACUCAAAUCAGAAAAUGAAUCAUCGGCUCCAUCAACUGUUACGUCAGAGCAACUGAAACCGAAAAAAGAAUCAUCGCGUCUAUCAAUUGCAGUUACAUCAGUGCAACCCAAACCGAAAACCGAAUCCUCGCGUUCGUUAACUCCAGCUACAUCACUACAACCCAAACCGGAAAGGGAAUUGUCAUGUCCAUCAACUGUUGCUACAUCAAUGGAACUCAAUUUAAAAAGCAAAUCGUCGUCUACUCAGUCAGUAGCACCAGCAUCCGAAACAAAACUACCGUUUCCACUUCCGCCGGUUCAUUCAGUACAUCCAAAAUCAGAAAAAAGAUUGUCAGAUUUUCUAAGUCUUUUGUCCGAAGCAACACCACCAGAAUCAAAAAGGCAAAUACCAGUUUCACCUUCCUCUCCUACAUCGUCUUCUCCGUCUUCCUCUCCAUCAACACAAUGGGUAUUACCGAGUUGGACAGUGAAUUUUUCAAGUUCUAUGUUGCGAUUGCCAUCUCCAUCAGAAUCUAACAAUAGCGUGUUUCGCUCCUCAUCUUUCGUAAUACCAGCAGAAUCGGAUUUAAAACCAGAUGUUAAAUGUACUAUGUCAGUUAAGCCUGAUAUAGGAAUGAAACACUUGAAUGCCAGAACAGAUGUAACAAAGCCCACAUCGUUGGCAUCAACCGUUCCAUUUCUAUCAAAACCAACAGUAAACUUGACCAAAGAGUCGAGCAGUCUGCCAAAAUCAUUGCAAAUGACUUUACGCCUUGCAGGAGUAAAGUCGUCUGAUUUGUCCAGCAAAUCAGUGACAAAUAACUCUAAAGCAGAAACUUACAAAACUAAAACAGUGAGAAGUGGUGUCCAGAACGAUGCACUUGCUACCGACAAAAUUGAGCAAGAGCCUGUUUCUAUAAAAGGAAAAACGACGACUUCAGCAUGUACCGACAUGUCUGAAAGUAUAUCUUCAAAUGCGUCGUUGUCUCACACUCCGGACGAUGAGGAUGACGAUGAAAGCACAAAGAGCAGGUCUUCAAAAGGGACCGGAAAAGAGAAGUCGGAUGAAGAUGACGAAGAAUCUUCUGAAGACAAAAAGCCCGUUAUCAUAAUGCAAAAGCUUAACACAAAGGUUGCUAUAUUUAUAUCUUUCUCUUGCAUACUUGAGACAGGACCACCAAAAGUUAGUGUUGUUGUACGUUUCCAAUGGGUAGUAGGUAUACUGAAAUAG